AUGGGCGUUAUUCCUAUUGUUAAUGAAAACGAUACUCUGGCCGUUGCGGAAAUCAAAUUCGGUGACAAUGACACUCUAUCCGCAAUUACAGCGGCCAUGGUUAACGCGGAUUACCUCUUCCUUAUGACAGAUGUGGACUGCCUGUAUACUUCCAACCCUCGAAAUGAUCCCGAUGCGAAGCCGAUUGAGGUUGUAUCUGAUAUUGCGAAUUUGGCAGCUGAUGUCUCGACUGCCGGCUCAUCACUGGGAACUGGUGGCAUGGGCACGAAAAUCGUCGCUGCCAAACUUGCAACCAGUGUUGGUGUCACGACAAUUAUAACCAAGAGCUCCAAGCCUGGAAACGUGCAUGCCAUUGUGAAAUAUCUUCAAGAGCAAGGCUCUGAUCCUCAGCAUCCCACGUCAUCAACAUCACAACCGCCCCUUCACACGCGGUUCCUGCCGUCAGCAACACCAAUCCAGUCGCGGUCUUUCUGGCUCUUACAUGGCCUCACGCCACAUGGAUCUGUGUAUAUCGAUCAAGGUGCAUUCGAAGCGCUGCAGAAUAAAGCCGGUCUUCUCCCCGCAGGUGUGGUCGGUGUCGAGGGUCAUUUCGCUCAACAAGAAGCGGUUCGACUAUUUGUUGUUGACAGACGCUCAGCAACUGCCCUCGAUGGAGACUUUAUUUCCCAUGCAGAGGAGCCUAGAGAGGUUGGUCGAGCGCUAGUUAAUUAUGGCAGUUCCGAAAUCAAUCGGAUCAAGGGGGUUCGCAGCACUCAGAUUCAAUCUAUUCUGGGUUACGCCGACAGCGAGUAUGUCGCGCUUCGAGAAAACAUUUCAUUCUUCCCAACCAGUGAAAGACCUAGCCGGCCUGUCACGCCUGCUUUGAUAGAGAGAAAGGUGAACAAGGAGGUUUAG